AUGGUGAAGGCCGAUCCGAAGCGCAACUACUACGCCGACCUCGAGGUCGCGCCUGACGCCGACGCAGAAGAGAUCCGCAAGCAGUUCCGCAAGCUCGCCCUCAAGUGGCACCCCGACCGAAACCCAGGCAGGGAGGCGGAAUGCGUGCCCAAGUUCCAGGCCAUCCAGGCCGCAAACGAAAUUCUCGGUGAUCCUGCUGAGCGCACGCGAUAUGACCUCGAGCGCAGGAAGAGAGGCGGCGGCCCCGGCCUCUACACGCAGAGACAACCUGCUCCUCGCGGCAAUCCCUACCAGGCUCAGUCCAACUUCCCUCCGCCGCCCCGCCGCACUGGUCCGCAACGGCCUGGCGCCACCAACGCGUCGGCCUCGAGCGGUGCCAACCGCUUCUCGAGUUUCCCGAAACCUCCUCCGACGCAGAGGAAGGACGCCGACCACCAGAAGGCAAACGUGUUUAACGCGUGGCAGAACAUGAAGCCGAAAACGAGUACGCAUACUUCCCAGGCAGAGUCGUCGCAUCAGAGAGCCAAGUCGGCGUGGGAACAUACACAGGAAUCCUACAAGCCUGGGGUAAGCCGGAGUCAGAGUACAAGGAUGCCUAAGAGAGGCGGUUUCGAUCCUACAACGCCCGGUGCGGACGAGCCUCCGGCCGCAAGCACCUCGUCAUACUUCACGACUUCCAACUAUGGCAGACCCGUCCCUCCGCCUCCGCCACCGCCUCGGGACCCUGGCACAGCGCAACCCCAGCAGCCGUCAGUGGAUCCGUUGAAGCAGUUCAAAGACCAGUUCCAACAGGAGGCGGCCUAUCCUGAGGGCAUGCGGACGAGAACUCCAUAUGGUUCAGCCGGCGGAGAGAAGAUAUUCGUUGAUCCUGUGAGACGCUCUGCCAGUCAACGAAGCUCUCCCCAAAGAGGACCCGGAUCAGCCCAUGCCAGUGCAGGUGGGGCAUCUGCUACCCGUCACCACAGCUCCAGUCCCCCCAGGCGCAAGGGAAAUGCCACUCGCCCCUUUGCCAUGUACAGCUCCAGUGAAGAGGACGAGCCGGUGAGGCCUCCUCCAAAGACAUCUCAGCAGCAUAGGACAGGAAGCAUGGACGCCAAUUACCAGCCCCAAAGCAAUGGUUUCAAUGCCAAUGAAACCAACGGCGGCAUGGGCCAGAAGAGCAAGUCAUCAAUGUACGACCACUUCUUCCCUCACAACACGCGCAAAACAAACAACCCCGCAAUCCCCAACAUCAAGAUGAAGCCUAUGCAAUGGCCCUACUGGGCAGUGCCGUCUAGCUUGCCUCCACGAAGCCCUUCUCAUAAGACUCCUAAAACCUUCAGCUUCCCUAUCGACACGGAUACCUUCGUUCAGACGAACGGCGAACAAGCCAAGAGCGACAGCACGGAAAACAUCAAUACGAAAUUUUCCCCUCAAGAUUGGCAUGGAAAGUUUGAAGGCAAGCCGGACUAUUUCGCUCACCCAGUACCUCCCAACGGAAGCCGUGCGAAGAAAUCGCCCACGAGACCGCCGAGCUCGAGAACGAAUAGUAUGCAGAACUUCGCAUCUGCAGCUGCGGCCCAGAUGCCUCAGCCAACGCCACCGCAGGCUGAGUCGUCUGCCGCUGCGCCCCCGCCUGCUGCCCAAACUCCGGGCGGAGAGCCUGGUCCGGUCAGGUUUUCGCCGGAUCAGUGGGCAAAGACAUUUAAGGACCCAAGCUUCGUGCUGCCCACGGAACCACCCAAAGCGGCAUCCCCGGUCAAGGGACCGGCGCCGAUGCGAGGCAGGAAACAGUCAAGGACACGCCCCGCUGGAGCUAACGUCAAGCCAAAGUCAGCUAGUGUAGCCGAUACUGACGAUAACAGCGAGGGUGCCGAAAGCACCAAUGAUACGGCAGCGACGGAUAGCAGUGCGAUGGAUAUUGACCCCACACCACCUGCACCUCAGACUAACGGGGCUCAGCGCCCCAAGAUAGUUCCUACGCCAAUCUCUCAGGCUCGCGCUGCGCAGAAAGAGCAGGCUCAAGCUAAACCACAGGAAGCCGACGACUCGCUUCGUUUCAAGGAGUUUGCAAACGUUGCGCCAUUCACGGCGACUUCGCAAGAGGGACUGAAGAACUUGAAUGAUCUUACGCAGAACCUUCCGUUCGACUCUCGUCCGGCCGCAUCGCACCCGACUCAGCCUGCGGAGCCCACUGCGCUUCAGCUUCCGCAGCUGCCCAAGGCUCCAGAGGUGCCGAAGCAAUUGACCAUGAGUGUCUGGAGAGAGCAGCUGCCCAAGAUGGCGGCUUACGUAAAGGCGUUCCAGCAGUGGGACUCGCACAUGCUUCAACACUUUGCUGCGCGUCAGCAUGAGACAGAUGCGAUGGGUGCGCCGGUAAACUGGCUGGGUGCGGCGGGCGAUUUGACGGCGACGGGAGGUUUUGGCAGCUACAUGCGCGGCAUCAAGGAAGAUGAGAGGGCGCGGGAGCACUGGAUGGUCGGAUGGGAGAAGCACAGAGACGCGAUGGAAUUGUUCGAGGGAAUGAGGGCUCGAGUGAUGAAAGGCGGCCUUGCGGCGUGA